GUGUGGCUGAGCUCUCGGGUGUGUGGACGCCGCUUUGUUGCCGGAGGGGGGUGGCGGUGGAAGUUAAGGGGGUCGGGGGCCAGCGCGUGUGGCGGCCGCUGUAGUCACUUCGCCCGGCACCUUUUCGCCCAGGAAUCAAGCCGACGGCAGCCAUGAGCGGCGGCGUGUACGGGGGAGAUGAAGUUGGCGCACUUGUUUUUGACAUUGGGUCCUAUACUGUGAGAGCUGGUUAUGCUGGUGAAGAUUGCCCCAAGGUGGAUUUCCCAACGGCUAUUGGUAUGGUGAUGGAAAGAGAUGAUGGAAGCACAUUGAUGGAAAUAGACGGUGAUAAAGGCAAACAAGGCGGGCCCACCUACUACAUAGAUACCAAUGCCCUACGUGUUCCCAGGGAGAAUAUGGAGGCCAUUUCACCACUAAAAAAUGGGAUGGUUGAAGACUGGGAUAGUUUCCAGGCUAUUUUGGACCAUACCUAUAAAAUGCAUGUCAAAUCAGAAGCCAGCCUGCAUCCUGUUCUCAUGUCAGAAGCUCCGUGGAAUACUAGAGCAAAGAGAGAGAAAUUAACAGAGUUAAUGUUUGAACACUACAACAUUCCUGCAUUCUUCCUUUGUAAAACUGCAGUUCUGACAGCAUUUGCUAAUGGUCGAUCUACUGGUCUGAUUUUGGACAGUGGAGCCACUCAUACCACUGCAAUUCCAGUGCACGAUGGCUAUGUCCUUCAGCAAGGCAUUGUGAAAUCUCCUCUUGCUGGAGACUUUAUUACUAUGCAGUGCAGAGAACUCUUCCAGGAAAUGAAUAUAGAAUUGAUUCCUCCAUAUAUGAUUGCAUCAAAAGAAGCUGUUCGUGAAGGAUCUCCAGCAAACUGGAAAAGAAAAGAGAAGUUGCCACAGGUUACAAGGUCAUGGCACAAUUACAUGUGUAAUUGUGUUAUCCAGGAUUUUCAGGCUUCAGUACUUCAAGUGUCAGAUUCAACUUAUGACGAACAAGUCGCUGCACAGAUGCCAACCGUUCAUUACGAGUUCCCCAAUGGCUACAACUGUGAUUUUGGUGCCGAACGGCUAAAGAUUCCUGAAGGAUUAUUUGACCCUUCCAAUGUGAAAGGGUUAUCAGGAAAUACAAUGUUGGGAGUCAGUCAUGUUGUUACUACAAGUGUUGGAAUGUGUGAUAUUGAUAUCAGACCAGGUCUCUAUGGCAGCGUGAUAGUGGCAGGAGGAAACACACUAAUACAGAGUUUCACUGAUAGGUUGAAUAGGGAGCUUUCUCAGAAAACUCCCCCAAGUAUGCGGUUGAAAUUGAUUGCAAAUAAUACAACAGUUGAACGGAGGUUUAGUUCAUGGAUCGGUGGCUCCAUUCUAGCUUCUUUGGGCACCUUUCAACAGAUGUGGAUUUCCAAGCAAGAAUAUGAAGAAGGAGGGAAGCAGUGUGUAGAAAGGAAAUGCCCUUGAAAGAGUCCCAAACCUUUACCUUCCGGUGUCACCUUACGUUUCAUAGCUUUAGUCUACUCAGGAAAAGAAUGACCAUCUUUUGUAGAAUGUUUAUACAUUUUUGCAUAUUUCAAUUUCCACUUAAAUUUUUUAAGGCUUUAACUGGCUCUAUAAAUUAAAUGAGUUUGUGCUUUCCUUGAAAUGCACUUAUUCUUAUUACAAGCAUUUUAUAAUUUUGUAUAAAUGUCUAUUUUCUCUAAAUAUUUUGCUUUUAGUAAAAUGCUUUUCAACUGUUUAGUAUAUUAAUUACCAGUGGAUUGGUAGAAUUGCUUUUUAUUGACUAGUAAAAGUUACUGCCUAUGCUUUUUACCUUAGGCUUACAAAAUUCAAUAAAAAUUACUAGCCAUUCCAGAA